AUGACUGACAGGCUUUUGAACAACUUUGACAAGCUUCUGCUCGAGUUUGUUUUCCAGCUAGGACAAACAUUUUCUGCUAAGGAACAUGCGAAUCAACAGAUAAAUGUGUAUACUGUAAAAAUCAAGGAAAUAAAGAACGAAAUUGCUAGGUUGGAGGAAAAUAUAAAUAAUAGCAAUGAUGCGAUCGCUGAUUUGCACAAACAAAGUGAGAGCAGUAAGGAGAGCUGCAAUGUCUGGAAGCCCACCUAUGUAAUUCUUAGCAAGCAUGAAGAAUAUUUGAAAAAUGAACUUGAAGCUUUACAAGAAGCUACAGAAAAGGAGAGGAAAAUGUAUCAGGAUUACAUCACCCAGUAUAAAGAGGUUUUGAAGCAACACCGUGAAAAAUAUGCAGAAACUGCUCUUGCACAGGAGUAUUACAAAAAAAAGAAAGAACUUGAAGAAAUCCGAAGCAGAGUUUUGAAACUGUCUGAAAAAUAUAAGUUGAAAGAAGAUGCUUGCGUGGAUAUUCUGGAGCCUGUUCCUUUUAAAUCCCUGAAUGACUGGGCUUUACAUAUUGCUUCUUCGAGGAAAAAAACACAGGAAAUGUUAAAGCUCGCAGCGGAUGCCAUGCAAGAGUCCGUUGAACUACAAAAAGAAGCAGAAGAAUUAGAAAUGAAAAUUAAUUAUGUCAGAAAGACAUUUGAAGAGGCUACAGAAGAUCAGAAUAAUUCGGAAAUGAUUGAAGGAAAAAAUCAGAAAUGCCUGGAGAAGCCAAAGGAGUUUAAAGAAAGGAUAUUUGAAGAGAGUGAACAUCCAACUUUGCUAAAUGAGAAACAUCAACUGUAUAAACCGUUAUAUGUCCCAUGCAUUCCUCGGAAAUUAGUCCAGUCUGUACAGAGUAUUAGAUUUUCCAGGCAACGACCAGAAGCAGGUAGAGAAGAAACAGAAAAACCUGUGGAGCUUUCAGUGGCCACUAGCAGCUCCUUCGGCCUUGCAGAAAAUUCGUCACAGUUAGAUAUUGACACUUCAGGGACUAAUAAACCGCAAAUUGCCCAAGUUUCAUCAAUAGCAAGCUUACAAAACCAGAUGCAAUUCAGAUUGGUAAUUCCUCCAAAGCAGACGACUUCCAAUCAACAGUUUGAAAGUGAAAAUGCAGUAAUUGGGCAGCAGUCGGAUUACGGAUUUCUGGCAGAAAAGGACCUGGGGAUUCUAAUAGACAAGUGGUUGAAUAUGAGCCAGCAGUGUGCCCAGGUGGCCAAGAAGACGAUGGGCAUCCUGGCAUCAAACAAAAAGGGCAAGUGCGAUGGUAAAGAAGCAGAUGAGCCAAAAGAUUCUUCAUAUGUACCUGAAGACAUACACACAUGUUUCAAGUCAAAUGAAGAUAAUUCUGACACAGCAGAAGAAAGUGCAGAACAUUUUUUAAGAGCACCUGAAACACCUGAGUUUGUGGGAGCGCUUGACUCAAAGGGGAAGAAAACCCAAAUCUCUAAAACCCCUCUGUUUGACUUCGUUCAGAAUGUAGGUUGUGAAGAAGGAACAUCAAAAUCUCCUGCUUUCUUUUCUCUCAUGAACUUCUCCCAGAAGUCACCUGGCUUUAAUUUAUUUGAUUCUUCUGUGUUUGGGGCAGAAAAUUCAUCUGAUGAGACAGAGGAAAACUAUUCUGUGGGAAACUUGAACCCUCUGUCUCCACAAAAAGAUAUUGGAAGCUUUUUUGGGAAAUCAGAAGGUGAGGAUGCGUUUGCCUUUCCCUUCUCCUCGGAAUCGACCUCUGCAUUUGGAGAUGGAAAAGAUGAUUUUAGUUUUCCAUUUGCAUUUGGACAGGAUCAGAGAUCAUCAUCACAGUCUCCUUCUGUGAAAGGUUUUCAUUCUUCCUUACAAAAUACAAAGCCUUUUACAUUCUUUUGAAUACCUUUGACUUCCUUUUAAAUUCUUUUCCUACUUAGCCUUGACAAAUGUUUUCAGUUUCUUAAGUACAAAGCAUUUCAUCUUCUCCUUUCAUUUGCUGUGAGAAUACAUUAUUGCAGUUGCUACAAGAGCAUGUGUAUGUUCAUCAGGCACACAUGCUUUGAGAUGCAGCUAUUAUUUUUCUUACUCAUUUUCUAAAUAUGUUUAUUUCAUAAAAUGUUAUGAUACGCUCUUGCUA